CGGUGCAACGCAGCUGCGAACGACGCUUUGUACCUCAACCACGACCAUGGACGGCUGGAGCAAGCUUCAAUCAAGCAUCAGUGGCCUCAAUCUCGGCCAAAGUGCGAACAAAUUCGCCAAGGGCUUCAAUUCGAGCGUCCAGGCAACAAGGGAGCGACUGGGCCAGGUAGCACCGGAGGAGAUUACGGAGCUUCCACAGGAGUACAAGGAUCUCGAGAACCGUGUCGACUCCCUGCGGAAUGCCCAUGUUGCCCUGCUCAAGAUAGCGAAAGUCUACGACCACGAAGGAUACGACUACCCUACCCAGAUCCAAGAGUCCAUUUCCGAGCUGUCCAUGUCCAUCGGCGCCGGUCUGACCAACUUUGCUGCCAACAACCUCAAAGGGACCAAUCUGCCUACGCCUGCGCCCGUCGUGCCGCCUCAGGCUCAGCACAAGACGCUUCCGCAUGCAUUGGGGCGCGCGGCGACGAGCGCGGCGCAGGGGCUGGGUUCCGAUGACAGGUUGGGGAGGGCGCUGGCGCUUUAUGCAGGAGGAUAUGACAAGGUUGCGACGGCGAGGCUACAGCAGGACGACAGCAUCCGUGCAGGCUUCCUCCACCCGUGGCACACGACCUUGAGCACAUCGAUCCAAGUUGCGAUGAAGGCGCGGCAGGCGGUCAAAGUUAGCCGGUUGGAGUUGGAUGCUGCUAAGCAAACGCUGAAGAAUGCCAGCCCGUCCAAGCAGGAGCAUGCUAGACUGGAGGUUGAGAAUGCGGAAGAUGACCUGGUGCAGAAGACCGAGGUGGCUAUCACUCUGAUGAAGACGGUGUUGGAGAACCCUGAGCCUCUUAAGAACCUUAAUGAACUCGUCAAGUCUCAGUUGAUGUUCCAUGCCGCCGCAGCUGAGGCACUGUCGAGCGUACAGGGUGAAAUCGAGGAGCUGAGCGUUGCAGCAGAAGGAGAGUAUAGGAAGUCCCGUGACCACUGAAAUCCCUCUCAAGUAAUCUGCUUGCUGUUUUUUUUCUCACAUACCAUGGACGUUUGGAACUGUUUUAUUUCGUCUAACUAAACAUAUUUCUUUUUUGCUCAACGUGACCGGCUGGUCGGUAUUGUAUCCCUUUAUUACCAGCAUGCAGAGAAAAUAACAAUAAUGGCUUCGGUAACGCUCUUGUGGAAUGGAACAGAAGUGACGAAGAGACC